AAAUCACAUUAGACAAUUCUCAAACAUCAGAUUUUCAUAGAGAAAUUAUUUCAAUUGUCAAUGAAAUAUUUGAUGCUGAAUCAAGUCUACCACAGGUCUUUCAGAAUGAGAGAAGAGAAGAUGAAGAAGUAACAAAGAAGGAUGAAGUUUGUGCCAAAGAAGAAAAUAAUACUCAGAGUACUCAUCUGCUUAUUUCAUAACUUAUAAUUGGAAGUUUAACUUAGCUAUGUCAUCAGAAUCAUUUGACGAAUCAUCUAAUUUGGUUGUUACCUCCCCUAAUGGUGAUGAAAAAAGCAGCAAACAUAAAGAAGAUAAACAUGAUAAAGGAAAGUUACGUGUCAGAGACAAAAGUCCAUCAAAGGGAUUUGGUUUUAUGAAAAAGAAGCGAUCAAAAUCACCAUUUAGUUCACCAUUCAAAUCAUCUAAGCCUCCUAAAUCACCAUCAAAGUCACCUUCAAAAGAAAUAUUAACAGAAGAAUACAAAGAUAUUGAAAAGAAAAUAGGCGAAAAGAAAUCAGAAGAAUGGAAAAUCUUCCAGCAAAUGCAAGACCGCAUAAAGCAGAAUCUCUACCAAACUCAAAAUACACUUCAUAAACUCUCAGCUAGUUUUGAUGAUGAUAUUGAACAAGCUGAAAAAACUAAAUUAAAUGUUGAUGAAACAAAUGAUAGUAUGUCUCUUAUUAAACGUGAAACUGGUGAAGAGCUUGAUCUAACUGUAACAGAAUAUAAAAUGGCAGAUGACAAUACAACAGAAGUGGAGUUGUUGAAUUUCUCUCAAGAAGUUUCAAAUCUUAAAGUAACACCAGAUAUUUCUCCUAGAGGUACACCUAAACCACCAGCAAACAGUUUAAGAGCAAGUAGUGAAAAUUUACUUGGUUUAGAUCAAACUUCUGUUUCUGUUGACACUGGAUAUAUUGAUCUUCUUGGACUUUCUACAGAUGAACAGAAUACUACUGUGGAUAAUCAAGUGCCGCCAUCUUACAUGAAUGAAGAUUUACUUGGAUUAGAAGACUUUGGAACAGAUCUAUCUCAACAAGGCAGUAGUUUAUGCAGUAGUUUCGAUGGGUCAGAUAUGAUAUACAGUAGUAAUGUCCAAUCUCAUAGUGAAAUGUCAUCUUGUCGAUCCACACCAUUGGGCUUUGAAUCAGCAUUUUGGGAAGGUCAGGACAAAGUCACACACAUUCCUUCUGAUUUUGUAAGUUCACUGGUGGAUGAAUUUCUACAGCUUGAUACAAUGAAGGGUACAGAUGUUUCUCUUGGCUCAUUUGGGAAAGAUAAAUCUGCCUAUACACCUGAUUUGUUCAAUCCAUUGACUCCUCCCUCAAUUCCUUCAGCGACAACCACAAUAACAUUCCCUACAUCUAACGUUCAGACAAGCGUAGAUCCGUUUGCUUCUGUAUUGGAGGACAAAUACAUAGAAGAUAUGAAUAGUAAAGAUGAUGCUGAAUUACAACCUGAUUCUGCAGCAUUUGCUUCAAGAGAAUAUGAUAAUCUAGGCUUCAGAAUGCUGUCUGUUGAUGUCCCUCCUGAUCAGGAAUCUCAAGGGACUGCACUGAAAAAUCCUUUCUUGUGUGAUACAGGAGAGGAAAUAUCUCAUCAACAAACAGCAGAUGUUUUUAGUGACAAUAACUUUUUCUCUGAUAUGCUCAAUACAUCUGAUAUACCUUCUGGUGGAAAUAUCUGGGGUGAUAUUACAGAAAAUAUGGACAAUGCACAGAUAGAGGGAAGCAUCAAUCCAUUUGAAGAGGAUUUUUUUGCAGCUGAUCAGAUAACUCAAUCAGAUAUUCCUCCUACACAAGGUAGAAAAAUGUCUUUGAAUAAUCCUUUUCUCAUGAUGGAUGAAUCUGAUUUUGAUCCUGUCAGUGAUGAAUCUAUGAUAAAUCCCUUUAUGGAUCUUGAAAAACCUGCUUCAGCAAAACAUAAAUUUCUAUCAGACUGUGACAAUUAUCUAUCUAAUUUUACUGAUUUGGAUUCAGUUGUUUCUGACACUACCAAAAUUUCCACAUAUUUAGAAAAUUUUGAUCCAUUUGGUACUGCUGUUGAUAAGCGUGACUCUGGAAUCAGUGAUAAGGUGGAAAAUGGAGAUGUACAUGUACAUGAUGUUGAUUUCAUUGCUGAUUCAACAAACUUUGAUGAUGAUGAUGAUGACGAUGAUGACAACGAUGAUGAUGACGACACAUUUCGAUUGAAAAUAAAACCAAUCAUGAGUGAAUCAAAAAUACUAAAUACAGUGCCUGUACCAGCUCUCGUACCACCUCCUCGACCUAGCAGGUCACCUCAACCUCCUAGGGAAAAUCCAUUUGAUAGGGAAUCUCCAGCUGAAGAAAACUUUGCAGAAUUCAAAGAUCUUCAUGAAGAAACAAAUGCUUCGAAAGUAAUAGAUUCUCCUUUUAAAAGUAGUGAUAUAUCUACUGAUAUCAAUUCUCCAGAAGAGGAAAAUUUAGAACCACUUUCACCAUUUUAUGCAAAGGCUGAUCUAGAAAAAGAAGGAUGGCAUUUAAUGUUGAGGCAGCCAACAAAGAAAAAGUUGGCUUUAGCAGGAAAUCGUUUCUGGAAGGAAGUUUAUGUUAAACUGGUUCAACAAAAAGAAGGUCCAACUCUUCAAAUAUUUCGUGAUGACAAAAGUGCUGAAAUUCUCCAGGAACUUAUACUGCAACCUUGCUAUUCAAUAUCAGAACCCACAUUGCAACAUUAUGACCAAUACGGUAAAAUACACACAGUAAAAAUACAGUAUAUCUUCUACAAAGAAAGAGUUGGUAUCAGACCUGAUAGAAUUAAACCUUCAUUUGUCAAAAAACCAAAAGCCACCAUGAUACUUGACCAUGCACCACAAGUUUCAGAAAUGAUGAAAUUUGGUUCUUUGAAAAGGGAGGAAAUAAAUACAUUUGUUCGUCUCAUAGAGGAUACAAUGAUGAACAUGGAUGCUCGCCGUGAAAAAACAUUGACCUAUGUGAAGGAUGAAGUAUCUGCCGAGGUUUGGGAUGAAUAUAAGACAGUACUCGACAAGCAGGGUAAAAUUUUAUCUCAGAAAGUAAGGUGUAGGAUAUUUUUCUUAGCUUUUGUCACUGGAAUGCCUGCCACAGAAUUAGGUAUCAAUGAUAAAAGAAAGGAUGGAAAUGAAGUUGUAGGUCGUCAUGACAUUCUACCUAUCAAAACUGAAGAAUGGAUCAAACCAGAAGAUCUGGAAUUUCAUUGUACAGUUAACAAAGAACUUUUUGAAAAAGAUGGAACAAUAAGAUUUAAUCCUUUAGACGCAUGUCGAUUUGAAUUAAUGAGAUAUCGUGUCAGACUGCGUGAAAAUAAAGAAUUACCCCUUCAAUUGACAAUCACUCAAGAAGUUAAAAAGAAAAAGUUUGAAAUUAGAUGUGACCUCCUUGUAACUGGUUAUCAUUCGUUCAGUAAGAAGCACGGUCAGUUUCCAUGUGAAAAUAUUGAAGUCAGAUUUGCAAUACCAGAACAAUGGAUAUAUUUAUUUCGAUAUGAAAGACGGUUCGGUUAUGGCUCUUUAAAAUCAGCAUGGAGAAAACCUGGGAAAAUCAAAGGACUUGAAAGAUUGACUAUGAUAGCUCAAGGAUUAAUGACCCCAACUCUUAUGGAAACUGAUGUAGGUGUUGCCAAGUAUGAGAAUGUAUAUCAUGCUGUUGUUUGGAGAAUACCUAGACUUCCAGAGAAAAGUGAAGGUGCUUACAAAAAUCAUUUGUUCAAACUUUCCUUAGAGCUUAGUCCUCAUGAUGUUAUUCCAGAGACAUUUGAACAAACUGCUGAAGUUCGCUUUACAAUGCCAUCUUGUACAGCAUCACAGACUCAAAUAAGGUCUGUCUCCGUUGAAAAUCCAAAUCCUCCAGAUAAAUGGGUCAGAUAUGUGGCCAAAUAUGAAUACACUGCGGCAAUAAAUCACAUUGACCAUGUAAAUGAUGUAGUAAGUCCGACAGAGAGUGACAUGGAUUACAGUAUAUCCACAAAUCCUUCACAAUUACUGGUAGAGAAAGGAGAAACAGAAACCCCAGAGAAAGACCAAUCAAGUAGUGAGGAUGAUGAUUAAUAGAAAUAAGUUUUUGUCAUGCUGUGUUAAGGUUUAGAGUGAAUCCCAUCAUUAACUAUUAGUAUAGAGGCAAUUACUAUUCAUUUUGGUAAAAUCCUAUAAUGUUAAGUAAGGACGAGUUGAAAAUUGAUUUUAAAAAUAUCAUUUAACUUUCUACAUGAUUUUAAGAUAUCUAUAUCUUUUCAGGUGAAGAUUUAUGUAAAUUCAUCUAUUAUUAGACUACCCUUUCAAUGUCUGAGUGUUCCAAGGUUCCCCUGGUUCUGAACAUAAUAAUCAUUAAACAGACAAAAUAAUGUCAGAUUUAUAUAUGGGACUUCCAAUUCCACCAAAUAAACAUUAUAAUAUACAAACAAAAUGGUCUAAAUAUUACUCUAAUGAUGAGGUAAAACACAAAAUUUAAGACUUGUUAAAAAUUCAUUAAAAAAAACAUAUCUUUUGCAAGAAAUUUGAAGACAGUUGCCUGUGCAAUUCCAUUCCACAGUAAAUUAUAAAUUCUGUAACUUUAUCAACAACAGUUUGUGUUAUUUUAAUUAAUUUUUAGACCUCAGGCUUCAUUUACUGGUUCCCCUAAUUUCAGUUUUAAAUUAAUUCCCUUGUUAUUAGAUAAAAAAUUUUAUCCAUGUAAGACGUAUUAAAAUUUUGAAGCAAUACAACCGCUAGAAUAAUUUAAAUAUGCUAUACCAACUGCUGGAAAUUCUGUAAAAUGCAAAGUAAACAAAGGCCAUCUUUUCCCACAGCGCUAUCAAGUUCUUUGAUUUAUCUUUAUUUUUUAUUUAUACAUGCAUUGUAUGAGAUUUACUUAUGAACUGUUAAUUAUAACUUAAAGAUCCAUUCUUAUUAUAUGUAUUUCAUUUUCCUGUUUUUCAAUACAUGUGUGUUGUGAAAUAUGGGAGAUUUCAGUAAAUUCUGGAGAAAAAAAAUGUAUAGGUUUUUAAAACUUGGCAAAUUAUGAAUAAUUUUUCAGUCCUAUAAAUUAUUUGCAUUUUUCAAGUAUCUAAAAGAGUAAAUCUGUUGCCAUAAUAUGUAGUUUGUGUAGACCAGAUACAAAAUGAUUUUUCUGGCAGAGCUGUAGGUUGUUAGUGAAAAGUUAAUUAUGGCUGAAACAAAUUCUAUGAUGUUACAAGGAUCCUCUUAAAAUCUACUUAUUUCCAUGCUGUUAUCAUUCAGAAAUUAUUGGUUUUGAACAAAUUUUCAUUGGUGGUUUAAUUUGUCUGCAGGCCACCGCUGAAAUGACUUAGUUAAUGACUCCAGAGUUCUUUUUUAAUUAAUUAGAAUCCUUAUAUUCAAGGUCUGAAUAGUUAUGGCAAAUUUUUGAAGAUGUUUGAGUGAGUUUUGAUUUAUUCUUUGUAUUUGGUGCUAUAAAUUGUUUUGACAAGUGCAAUGUUCUUCAGUUAUAUUUAUCUAUUUAUUUAAUGCUAUAAGGGGAGAUAACUUCAGUCUUUUGCACAACCAACAGAUAGUUUUAUUUAUCAUUUUCCAGACACAUGUAUCAAUAUUAUCAUUCAUUUUAAACAUUAUGGACUGCUGACUUCGAGUUUGCCAUAAAUUUAGGGUUAUAAUUGUCUUCAUUUUGAGAAGAUAUGUGGACACAAGGUUAUUUAAGGGGGGAUGGGAGUUAUUUAGGAUGUCAAAUGUAAAACAAGAUUUCAUAAACAAGAACUUUAUGGAGAAAUAAUAUAAAUAUACCUAGAUCUGACUUUUACAGAGAAGUAAUAUACAUAUACCCAGAUCUGACUUUUAUGUUUUUGUUGGGGAGAUAUUUAAUAUUGUAUUUUACCUAAUUAGUCUCCCUAGUAUUUAUAAAGUACCCCAAAUAGAGUUCUUUAUUUCAUAUUGAACUUUAUUUUCCAGCUUUAUAGCCUUUAUUGUAUUUACUGAUAAUGUUAGUGACAUAGCAGUGAUACUACAUUUCAGUGACAAUUUACUGUGUAUGGUCACUAUGGUGUUUAAUAAUUGUUACAGGGGCACUUCUGGGGUUAAGUGCUGUUUAUUUUACAUGAUUUUGUAUAAUUGGAUAUAAACUCCAGUGUGUAUAGAUGCUGUGAUAUUUGUCUUUUUUGUUUUCAUUACUUUUGUUAUGUUUUGUAUGUUUUGUAUGUUUUCUAUUUUUCUGUGUUAUUGUUUUUAUACUACAUCUUGCUGAUAAGAGUGCAUUUAGAAAAAUAAUUUACAUCAGCCAAAGUUCUACAUGUAUAAGUUAAUCAUUACCAAAUCAAUAAACAUUUGUGAGAUUUCAAUCAUACACAGUAUAUACCAUUUUAUAGAAAAAUAUUAUUAACUUUAUAAAUUAGUCAUCUGACUCCUACUGAUUUAGAUAUAUUGUAUAGAUGCUUGUUUGUUAGAGAAGAAUAUAUGUAAACCACCAGAUAUCUUUUGUAUAUUUGUGUUAGUGUGUUGCUACUCAUUACAUAAUCAUCACAUUUCAGUUUGGUUUUUUUUAAAUGCACUAAUGUAAAAUGAGGAUCAUUUUUUCAGACUGAAAUCUAGAAUUUAUAUUAUUUUUUUUCGACAUGUUAUAAAUGAUCCUUUACCAAAGAGCUGCUGCUCAUUUCAUUAUAUAUAUGGAGAUUGCAUGGUAUUUUCUUAGUGGCUGCUUUAGAGGUUAUUUCCCUAAUCAGAUGAAACAGGAAGUUACUGACAAUCUAUUACAGCAAUACAUAAUCAAUGUUGGUGAGGUCACACGCUUAGAACAGAAACAUUGCACCAUUUUCUUUUCUAAAAUUUGCAUUUGCUUUGUGUGUCUGUUGAGUAUUAACUCUGCUUUAACCAAGCAAUAGAAAUAAUAGAUGUUUUGGGUAUAUAACCAAAGACAAAGUUUUUACUCACACAGACAGAUAGCACACUAUUUAUUUGGUUCUGUAAUUAAAGUUUAGUACAAAAAGACAAAGGAAAGCAUUGAUAGUCUCUAAAGAUAUAAUUAGAACUUAUUAGAAGUGAAAAAAAACCCAAAGAUCACAGCUUUAUACAUUAAAGUAGAUUAAUUACACCAUAAUCAGCCUAAAGGGGAAAAAUAAUGUUUUUCCAAUAUUUAUAAUGUCAUUUCUUGUUAGUAAAUUCUUUGCUUAUAAAUACGGUACCAUGUAAUAUUCAUAUUAUAAUAUUCAUUAUAUUGAUACAUAUAUGUGUUAUUAUUUAUACAUUUGUGAAAUAUUUUCAUAUUUGUCAAGUACAGGACAUAAAGUUAUAUUGUACUAACAAUACUCAUAUCUUAUAUAAUCAUCACAAGAUCUGUUUUAUUACAAUUAUCUAGUCCCUUCAUUUUUUAUUACAAGGAUAGUUACUGCAAUUACUGGAUGUUAGGAGUUUUGAAUUAAGUUGAAAUAAAAAAUAUAACUGGA